GGCUCUGCGCUUCAGUCAGGACCAGACCAGGACGCAGCAACUUUCAUCCAUGUGCGUCACCUCAGCGGGAUUCCGGAGAAGUCUUUCUUCAAUCCUGGGUAUCACAGCUCAAGCGCGGAUCUCUCUCUCUCUCACUCGCGCGCUCACACGGAUGAACGAUGGCUUUUUGUUGAUGUCGGUGUAGUUUCUCUGAGCCGAACAUCCGUGCCGGGGCGUUAGAGGGGACAUGGGUCAACUUUUUGGUUCGUCUCUUUUACUAUUUGGCGCAAUCUUUGCGGUUUUCCUGUGGGAAUCUGGUGCCAGUUCUAUCAGGACCACGCUCGGAGUGGACACCUCCAGGGCAGAGUGUCCGGACAAUAAAAUAUUGACCGUGGAGUACCCCUGUGUCAGAGCUGGUGGGAAGAACAGCACAUGCUUCAGGCGGAAAUGCUGUGACGGCUUCAGGUUUGUGAUGGGCCAGUGCAUACCUGAAAGUGUGGAUGUGUGCGCAGCGUCGCCAUGUGAGCAACAAUGUACCGACAACUUUGGCCGUGUCGUCUGCACGUGUUACUCCGGCUAUCGCUUUGACCGUGAGAGACAUCGCAACCACAAGUCGCCAUAUUGUUUGGAUAUCGACGAGUGCGAACACCCAGACACCAACAUGUGUGACCACGAGUGUUUGAACACAGCGGGCAGCUUCCUGUGUCGCUGUCACAGCGGGUACAUGCUCGCUCCAGACCAGCGCUCCUGCAGCCCCGUGCCCAACUUGAGUUCGUCAGGAAAGUCGGACACGUUGAUGAGCUCUGGUACCUGCUCGUUUACCUGUCAGGACUUUAUGAGCAUGAAAAACAGUCUUCUCCAGCUGAAGCUCAGGCUGGGGAGCACGCAGAACCAGGUACCCAACUUGGACAACAGCAGCAACAAACCCACACUGGGGAGGACGGGAAAGGGUCCUGACAGUCCUUGCCUGCAAGGCUUGCCUGGUCCUCCAGGGGCGCCCGGGGUACCAGGACACCCAGGAGAGCCAGGAAGGAGAGGAGAUCCUGGGGAUAGAGGACCACCAGGUCCCAGGGGGCAGCGAGGGGACAUGGGGCCGAUGGGGCCCGAACCCGACCUGAAGCACGUCAAAAGAGGGCGCAGAGGGCCGGUGGGACCACCUGGAGCUCCAGGUAGAGAUGGUCUAAAGGGAGACAGAGGAGCCCCUGGUGCUCAGGGCAGCCCGGGACCCCCUGGCUCAUUUGACUUCCUCCUCCUAAUGAUGGCCGACAUCCGGAAUGACAUCAUCGAGCUGCAGGAGAAAGUAUUCGGGGAGCGACGGGGACUCUCCCUGGACAAUCCUCACACUGACGUGGACUUUGCAGAGUGGGGCUCGGGACAGGGCACCUGACCUUGUGACCUCUUCACUGAAGACACAGCGGGACAGAGCUGAUGCUGCUGGUCACACAGCCGACAUGUAAAUACUUCACCUCACAGCUGGAUCAACUGGGCCACUCAUAGGGACAUUAGAAACCGAGAGAGGCCAGGUUUCAUUUUUCUAGUUAAAGGGUCUCAUAACCACUGAGAGGAGCGUGCGUGCAGGACAUCAUGUGAGAGGAUGCAAUGCUCCCCUUCAUGUUUCUGAGGCUGAACCACUUCAAAAGAUGGAUUUAUCGUCUACAUCUCUUCCUCUUCCUGACGCUGUUCGUCAAGCGGCGCUCACGCUGACAGCUUGCCUGCAGGGUUGCGGGUACAAAGUCCCUGGAACUCAACUGUGAGGCGCCCGUGGAGCUGCCUGCAGGAGCCAAACCUUCACAGUUAAUCACUGUGAGCAUCUUUACGUCCGAGAAGACAGUGACGCUGAAUGUACCGUACAGAGCGAAGCAUGUACGUGUGGGUCUAAUGUGCUGCCUUCAGCCAGCUUUUCACCAUUAAACCUCACCGUUGUAUUUCUUUAUUAAAAAUCAAUCCGUUUCUACGUGUGAACAUUUGGGUGAAUUCAAGUCAGAAAUUUAAGCAAACUAUCUGUAACGCACAACAUUAUGUAUCCAAACCUGGGAUUAACACAUUAUUAUUUUUUAUUAAUUUUCUGUUAUGUUUACAUGGAUAAAUGAGUCAAAUUUAAUAAUCACAUGUGUACAUGUGUUGUGAGCCUCUUUGGACUUCCCACCAAACACAAUAGCAAGGACCACAGAACUGGGUCAGCACAGAUGAAAAAGGAGGUGUGUACAACAACCUGGAAUAGAUGGUGGCCAUGACGAAAUUUAUCUUCACUUCACCAUCUCCUGACCGUCAUUACCUGGUCCAAAAAAUGCAGCUCUGUGGUCGGAUUUCUUAUAAGAGAAGUUUGAACAAAUAGCUGUCUUCUCCUCCUGAUAAAUUCAGGGGUUUUUAAAACACUGGGGUCGCAGUGGUGCACUAUUGCAAGCUUCCUAGACUCUCAAGGGCUCCUUCACUCCUCUGUACAAAUGCUCCGAUUUCCGUUUGCAGAUGAUAAAUACACAACACAUUUUUACGUAA